GCACAGCACACCACUCGAACCCCUUCUUCUCCCCUCCCCCCUCCCCCUCCGCCUCGAUUCCAUCGCCCGCCACCCUCUCCGCCGCCAGACGCCGCCGUCGCCAUGCAGAGCCUCCUCCUCCCCACGGCCGCGGCGGCCCCGGUGGCGGUUCCGCGGGGCCGGCGGCACCCUCCCAGGCGCGUCUCCGUCCGCGCCUCCGCGGCGGCGGCGGCGGCGGCCCCGCGGCGGGAGACGGAUCCCAAGAAGCGGGUGGUGAUCACGGGGAUGGGGCUGGUCUCCGUGUUCGGGAACGACGUCGACGCCUACUACGACCGCCUGCUCGCCGGGGAGAGUGGCAUCGGCCCCAUCGACCGCUUCGACGCCUCCAAGUUCCCCACCCGCUUCGCCGGCCAGAUCCGGAGGUUCUCAUCCGAGGGCUACAUCGACGGCAAGAACGACCGCCGCCUCGACGACUGCCUCCGGUACUGCAUCGUCAGCGGCAAGAAGGCGCUCGAGGCCGCCGGGAUCGCCCACGGCUCCAAGCCCAUGGAAAAGAUUGACAAGGCCCGGGCUGGCGUGCUUGUGGGCACUGGUAUGGGUGGCCUCACGGUGUUUUCUGAUGGUGUUCAGAAUCUUAUUGAGAAGGGACACAGAAAAAUAACUCCUUUCUUCAUCCCAUAUGCUAUAACAAACAUGGGAUCCGCCCUGCUUGGAAUGGACAUUGGCUUCAUGGGUCCAAACUACUCCAUCUCCACUGCCUGUGCUACCUCGAACUACUGUUUCUAUGCUGCAGCAAACCAUAUUCGCAGGGGCGAAGCUGAUAUAAUGAUUGCUGGUGGCACCGAAGCUGCAAUUAUUCCCAUCGGUGUUGGUGGUUUUGUUGCAUGUAGAGCACUAUCACAGAGGAAUGAUGACCCCAAAACAGCAUCCAGGCCUUGGGACAAGGACCGUGAUGGUUUUGUCAUGGGUGAAGGAGCUGGAGUGCUGGUCAUGGAGAGCCUAGAGCAUGCAAUGAAACGUGAUGCACCGAUAAUUGCGGAGUAUUUAGGAGGUGCUGUGAAUUGUGAUGCUUACCAUAUGACUGACCCAAGAUCCGAUGGCCUUGGUGUUUCAUCAUGCAUUAAGCAAAGUCUUGAAGAUGCUGGUGUGGCGCCAGAGGAGGUCAACUAUAUCAAUGCUCAUGCCACAUCCACCCUUGCUGGUGAUCUGGCGGAGGUGAAUGCCAUCAAACAAGUCUUUAAGGACCCAUCUGGGAUCAAAAUAAAUGCAACCAAGUCCAUGAUAGGACACUGCCUUGGUGCAGCAGGUGGUUUGGAAGCCAUUGCUACUGUUAAAGCCAUAACUACUGGAUGGGUGCAUCCAAGCAUAAACCAAUUUAACCCGGAGGAAGCGGUUGAAUUUGAUACUGUACCUAAUGUAAAAAAGCAGCAUGAAGUGAAUGUUGGUAUCUCAAAUUCCUUUGGAUUCGGAGGUCACAAUUCGGUGGUUGUAUUUGCGCCAUUUAAGCCAUAAGGUGUUACUUGCUUCACAAAUCUUGGUCAGAACAGUGAAGGUGGUUCUAGGAAUUAUCAUGCGUUUUCUUUGAGGGCAGAUUUGUUAGCCGGCAAUGUUACAAAUGAACUGAGUACUGAGGCACAUUGCAUUUUAGAUAACUCCAUGUUCAUUUAGAUUGAGAGCGGCUGUAUAACGUUGUCUGAAUCAUUUGUAAUUGGUUGUACUCUUUUUUCAUGUAAUGGAAGGUGUCCUGUAGAAGCACAUUGGACCACCUUAGUUCAAUACCACACAAAUGUAUUCGAGGGCAGGUUUCUUGGUAGUUGGUACUGCAGUAUCUAGACUGUUCUGUGCAAUCGCAAUUCUUUUUUUUA